AGGGUUUAAAUUCAUUACUUUUCAUCUCAGAUUUUGCACGAUGACAAUUGAAGAUGGGGGGAUAUGGCUUUGCAGUGGUCAGUCCAUUGAUGGGCGCCGGAAACUGUAGCUAUACAGAGAUGGGGAUCGCAAAGGAAGGCAGAGAAGGCUCGAAACAGAGAGCCCAGGAUCCGAUGCAUUUUCAUCUCUGGGACUCUCGCCAGAAUCAGUUUUAUUUGUCGAAGAUCCCUCAGCAGAAUAACUUCUGGAUCAGGACUCUCUUUCUCAAUCUUCGUAAUCCGCUGCGAGCAAAAUCGAGAUAAUAGUAGGAACGAACAAGUUGUUAUCAAUCUUUAUCUUCUAUGGUAUUUUCUGAUUCUAUAGUUGUGGGU